AUGGAAGAUUCACUUAUUCAAUUAAAUGAUUUACCUGAUGAAAUUUUUAUGAUGAUUUUGAAAAAACUGCAUAGUUGUGAUGUACUCUAUUCUUUAAUAGGUGUUAAUAAACGACUUGAUACUAUUGUGCAAGAUUCAUUUUUUACAGCAUAUUUAACAUUGACAGUACCUCCUUAUGGUUUUCUUAACUUUACUGAUCCAAUACUUGAUCGAUUUUGUUCGAAAAUUUUACCUAAAAUUCAUCAUAAAAUCGGAUGGAUCAAUGUUGAAUCAUCGUCUAUGGAACGUUUUCUUCGUUCAACAAAUUAUCCGAAUUUAUACGGCCUUGGUUUAUGUAAUCUUGCAUCAGAAACAGCUCGAGAUCUAUUUACCGAUGGAAGUUAUUUAAUUCAAAAUUUCAAAAAUCAAAUUUCAUCACUUGUGGUUCAUAUUAGUAAACGUUGUCAAGAGUCGACUUCAAUUAAAGAUAUAAAUAUAUUCAUAUAUAGACAAAUCUUUACUUGGUUCGAGAAUUUAAAAACUUUAAAUUUCAAUCCAACUUCAGCUUCUCAUUAUGAUCGAUUAACAUUUGGUCCAUCACCUCCAAGAAUUUUUUCAUCAACUCUAUUAGAAUUGCGUGUCGUCGUAGAGACUUAUGAAGAUUGUCUCUAUUUACUUGAUGGUCGAUUCAAUCGACUUAAUACAUUCUAUGUUACCAUUUGUUCGUCUGAUGGUCCUGUGUUACCAUUGAUCAAUAAUGAAAAAAAACUUCCCAAUUUACAAUGCUUUACAUUAAUUCUGAAAUCGGUGUUAUUGGCUUACAAUAAUUUUCUUAUUCCACUUUUACAUCGAAUGUUAAACUUAGAAGAACUUAGUUUAUGUUUUGUCAAUCAUAAUACACCAAUUAUAGAUGGUAAUGAUUUGAAAAUGAAUAUUAUGAAUUAUAUGACAAAAUUAAAGAAAUUUAAAUUUAAUAUUCAUUCAGUUAUUCAAAUUAAUAAUCAAAUUAAUUUACCAUCAAAUGAACAUAUUCAACAUACAUUUAAAAAUUUUGCAAAUAAAAAUCAAAUUAUUUCAUCAAUUGAUUGUUUUCCAAAAGCAAAUGAAUUUCAUUGUCAUAUUUAUUCAUAUCCAUAUAUAUGGACAGAUUAUGAUAAUAUAACAAAUAGUUUUCGUGGUGGAUUAUUUAAAUCUGUUCUUAAACUCUCAUUAGUUGAUGAACGUCCUUUCGAACAUGAAUUUUUUCUUCGAAUUGCUAAAUCAUUUCCAUGUGUCGAAGAAUUACAUGUAGAUAAUCGAGAACCACAAAAGAAUGACAAUCAACAAUGGUCAAUCAUUGAAUAUUCUUAUCUUAUGCAACUUGAUCUUCUUAAAACUCAUGAAAAUUAUGUGGAACAAUUUUUGAAUAAUACUAAACUGUCUUUAUUACAUAAUAUUUGUUUUCGUGUGGAUUAUAAUACUUUACAAAGAGUAACAGACAAUUUUACAAGUGAUACAACACGAAUGAAUUGUUCCAAAAUCAAAUAUCUAUUUUUAUGCAAUCAACCAGAAUUUUGUUCUCCAAAUUUAAAAGACUAUUUUGCUCAUGCAGAAAUCUGUUGA